AUGAACCUUGAAAGAGUUCAAAACGUUGAACAGAUCUGUUUGUGUUCGUACUCUUUGGGUGAGACUUGGAUGAUUUCCACCAUCGUUAUCGUCGUCGUCAACUUUGUUGUCGAUUACCGCCUGCUGUUCUUGCGUCAGUGGUACAUCUCGUAUUCGCCUUUCGCAACUAUCAAAUACAAUUGUGUUGCUUUCACACGAAAAUCUCUCGACGGCUCGUCAAUGCUCUUCUUAUUUCUUAGGAUUUCUUCGGCAGACAGCGAAGAUUCAUCCAUUGGAAGAUGUAAUUUGUUGAUAGCAUGA